CGUCACCUAGAUUAACACUAGUUCCUGGCUUUGUCUGAUUCAUAUUGUCCAGGUGUCAAUGGAGGACGCACGCACUUCAGAGACAUGACAUACUUGGGAUAAAUGGAAGCAGACACCAGCUACAGCAGGAUCCAGGUAUAUCACAGAUAGUUUUCAGAGCCCUACAUGUUUAAUAGCAAAGCAAAUAUAAAGGUCAUUGUCCGUGUCCUGUAGAAGAGUUUACAAUGGAAAUUCCAGCUGUUACAGAGCCCUCCUACAACACAGUUGCCAAGAAUGACUUCAUGUCUGGAUUCUUAUGUUUCAGCAUAAAUGUGAGAGCAUUUGGAAUCACAGUGCUGACUCCCCUGUACUCCCUGGUGUUUGUCAUUGGUGUGAUAGGCAAUGUCUUGGUGGUUCUGGUGCUCAUACAACACAAGAGGCUUCGAAAUAUGACCAGCAUCUACCUGUUCAACCUGGCUAUCUCUGAUCUGGUCUUCCUCUCCACAUUACCUUUCUGGGUUGACUAUAUCAUGAAAGGAGACUGGGUUUUUGGUAAUGCCAUGUGUAAGUUUCUGUCUGGAUUUUAUUACCUGGGCUUGUAUAGUGGCAUGUUUUUCAUCACUCUGCUUACGAUUGACAGAUACCUAGCUGUUGUCCAUGCUGUGUUUGCCCUGAGAGCCCGGACUGUCACGUUUGGCAUCAUCAGCAGCAUCAUUACCUGGGUCCUGGCUACCUUGGUUUCUAUUCCCUGUCUGUAUGUUUUCAAAUCCCAGAUGGAGUUCACUUACCAUACCUGCAGAGCAGUUUUGCCCAGGAAGAGCCUGGUACAUUUUUUGAGGUUUCAGGCUCUAACAAUGAACAUCCUUGGGUUAAUUUUGCCUCUGUUGGCCAUGAUUAUCUGCUACGCAGGGGUCAUCAAUGUUCUACACAGAAGACCCAAUAAGAAGAAGGCCAAAGCCAUGCGUCUGAUUUUUGUUAUUACACUUCUCUUCUUCCUCCUCUUGACCCCUUAUUAUCUGGCUGCCUUUGUUUCUGCUUUUGAAGAUGUCCUAUUCACUCCCAGUUGUUUGAGAAGCCAACAGGUGGACCUGUCCUUGAUGAUAACUGAAGCACUUGCCUACACCCACUGCUGUGUCAACCCAGUCAUUUAUGUCUUUGUGGGUGAACGGUUCCGGAAGUACCUCUGGCAGCUGUUUCGGAGGCAUACAGCUGUAUCCCUGCCAAAAUGGCUGCCCUUCCUCUCAGUGGACAGAGCACAGAGGCCCAGUGCCACAUCUCCAUCCACAGGGGAAAUUGAGGUCUCUUCUGACUUAUAAUACAGAUCCUGGAUCCCAACAAAGGCUCAGAAGAGUGAAAAGACAGUGUGCCUAUCCAAGACAAAUAUGGACUGAGGAUUCAUUGUCU